UGCUUCUCUGAAGUAAGAUGAGUUGUCAAAAAUUCUAUGUGGCUUUGUUACAUUGGGAGUUUUUCUAUGUGAUAACUGCAUUUAAUGUGGCAUAUCCAAUUACUCCCUGGAAAUUUAAGUUGUCUUGCAUGCCACCAAACACAACCUAUGACUUCCUCUUACCUGCUGGAAAGUUAAAGAACACUUCGAAAUUGAAUGGAAAUUACGAGACAAUUGUUGAAGCUAAAUCUAAUUCAAGUGCUAUCUACUUUUCUAACUUACCAUCCAAAACAACUUUCCAUUGUUGUUUUUGGAGCGAGCAAGAUAAAAACUGUUCUAUACAAGCAGAUGGGAAGACAUUUGCUUCAAGAGUAAAUUCUUUAGUUUUUCAACAAAUAGGUGCAAACUGGAACAUACAGUGCUGGAUGAAAUGGGACUUGAAAUUAUUCAUCUGUUAUAUAGAGUCAUCACUUAAGAAGCCUUUCAAGAAGGAUUUUGACCUUAAGGUCCGUCUUCUAUAUGUUCUACCUGAAAUGCUAGAAGAUUUAUCUCUGCCCCCUCAAAAAGAUAAUUUUAAACUUGUGAAAUGCAACUGCAGUGCCCAUGAAUGUUGUGAAUGUCACGUACCUGUGCCAACUUCCAAACUCAACUAUACUUACCUUAUGUUUUUGGAAAUCACAUCUGGCGGAGUAAUUUUUCAGUCACCUGUAAUGUCAGUUCAGCCAAUAAAUAUUGUGAAGCCUGAUCCACCAUUUGGUUUGCAUAUGGAAAUCACAGACAAUGGUAACUUAAAGAUUUCCUGGUCCAGCUCAACAUCAGUACCAUUUCAACUUAAAUAUCAAGUGAAAUAUUCAGAGAAUUCUACAAUUAAUGUGAAAGAAGUUGCUAAGAUGGUUUUAGCUACGUCCCUGCUGGUAGACAACGUGCUUCCAGGGUCUUCAUAUGAGGUUCAGGUACGGGGCAGGAGAUUGGAUGGCCCAGGAAUCUGGAGUGACUGGAGCACCCCUUAUAUAUUUACCACACAAGAUGUCAUAUACUUUCCACCUAAAAUCCUGACAAGUGUUGGGUCUAAUGUUUCUUUUCAUUGCAUCUAUAAAAAUGAAAACAAGAUUGUUUCUUCCAAAAAGAUUGUUUGGUGGAUGAAUUUGGCUGAGAAAAUUCCUCAAAAGCAGUACAAUGCUAUGAGUGAGCGUGUUAGCAAAGUUACUCUUCCCAACUUGAAUGCUACCAAGCCUCGUGGAAAGUUCACUUACAAUGCCGUGUACUGCUGCAAUGAACAUGAAUGCCACCAUCGCUAUGCGGAGUUAUAUGUAAUUGAUGUCAAUAUCAGUAUAUCAUGUGAAACUGAUGGGUACUUAACGAAAAUGACUUGCAGAUGGUCAACCAAUCCAAUCCAAUCACUUCUGGGAAGUUCUUUGCAGUUGAGGUAUCAUAGGAGCAGACUUUACUGUUCUGAUUUCCCAACAAUUCAUCCCGUAUCUGAAUCCAAAGAUUGCCAUUUGCAGAGAGAUGGUUUUUAUGAAUGCAUAUUUCAACCAAUCUUUCUAUUAUCCGGCUACACAAUGUGGAUUAGGAUAAAUCACUCUUUGGGUUCACUUGACUCUCCACCAACAUGUGUUGUUCCUGAUUCUGUGGUGAAACCCCAGCCUCCAUCCAGUAUAAAAGCAGAAAUUACUCUACAUAUUGGAUUAUUAAAAGUAUCGUGGGAAAAACCAGUCUUUCCAGAGAAUAAUCUUCAGUUCCAGAUUCGGUAUGGCUUAAGUGGAAAAGAAGUACAGUGGAAGAUGUAUGAGGUGUCUGAUGCAAAAUCAAAAUCUGCCAGUCUUGUGGUGUCAGACCUGUGUGCAGUCUAUGUUGUCCAAGUGCGCUGUAAGCGGCUAGAUGGACUGGGAUAUUGGAGUAAUUGGAGUGAUCCAACAUAUACUGCUGUCAGAGAUAUAAAAGUUCCUAUCAGAGGACCUGAAUUUUGGGGAAUAAUAAAUGAAGAUGUUAAUAAGAAAGAGAGAAACAUCACCUUACUUUGGAAGCCUCUGAUGAAAAGUGACUCAUUGUGUAGUGUGAGAAGAUAUGUGGUAAAACACCAUACUUCCUGCAAUGGAACAUGGUCAGAAGAUAUGGGAAAUCACACUAAAUUCAUUUUCCUGUGGACAGAGCAAGCACAUACUGUUACGAUUCUGGCCAUCAAUUCAAUUGGUGCUUCUUUUACAAAUUUUAAUAUAACAUUCUCAUGGGCUAUGAGCAAAGUAAAUAUUGUGCAGUUGCUCAGCGCUUAUCCUUUAAACAGCAGUUGUGUGAUUCUUUCUUGGCUGCUGUCACCCAGUGAUUACAAUCUUAUGUAUUUUAUUAUCGAGUGGAAAAAUCUUAAUGAAGACAAUGAAAUUAAAUGGAACAGGAUCCCUUCAUCUGUUAAGAAGUAUUACAUACAUGAUCAUUUCAUCCCCAUUGAGAAGUAUCAGUUCAGUCUUUACCCAGUAUUUAUGGAAGGAGUGGGAAAACCGAAGAUAAUUAAUAGUUUCACCCAAGAUGAUAUUGAAAAACACCAGAAUGAUGCAGGUCUAUAUAUAAUUGUGCCAAUAAUUAUUUCCUCUUCAAUCUUACUGCUUGGAACAUUGUUAAUAUCACACCAAAGAAUGAAGAAGCUGUUUUGGGAAGAUGUUCCAAACCCCAAGAAUUGUUCCUGGGCGCAAGGACUUAAUUUUCAGAAGCCAGAAACGUUUGAGCAUCUUUUUAUCAAGCAUGCAGAAUCACUGGCAUUUGGUCCUCUUCUUUUGGAGCCUGAAGCCAUUUCAGAAGAUAUCAGUGUUGACUCAGCAUGGAAAAACAAAGAUGAGACGGUAUCAGCAACAAUGGUCUCUGUACUUUUGACAACUCCAGAUCUUGAUAUGGGCUCUGUUUGUAUGAGUGACCAGUGUCACAGUACUAGCUUCUCUGAGGCUGAAGGCACCGGGAUAACCUGUGAGGAUGAUGAGAGCCUGAGACAACCCUCCGUUAAAUAUGCCAUACUCGUCAGUAGUUCUAGGUCAAGUGAAACUGAUGAAGAGCAAGGGCUUAUAAAUAGUUCUGUCAGCAAGUGCUUCUCUAGCAAAAAUUCUCAACUGAAGGAUUCUUCGUCUAGUAGCUCAUGGGAGAUGGAGACCCAGGCAUUUUUUAUCUUACCAGAUCAGCAUCCUAAUAUAAUUCCACCACAUCUGACAUUCUCAGAGGGAUUUAAUGAACUUUUGAAACUGGAGGGCAAUUUCCCUGAAGAAAAUAAUGAUGAAAGGUCUGUCUAUUACCUAGGGGUCACCUCACUUAAAAAAAGAGAGAGAGAUGUACUUCUGACAGAUGAUUCCAGAGUGUUGUGUCCAUUUCCAACCCACAGUUUAUUCACUGACAUCAGGAUUCUUCAGGACAGUUGUUCACACUUUGUAGGAAAUAACUUCAACUUAGGCACUUCUGUGAAGAAGACAUUUGUUUCUUACAUGCCUCAGUUUCAGACUUGUUCCUCUCAGACUCCAAUGAUAAUGGAAAAUAAGAUGUGUGACCUGACUGCCUAA